AUGACAGCCUCGGCUUUCCGUGGCUGGUCCCAGACGCAGAAGCUGGAGGCAACUGUCAACGAUUUAUUGCUGGAGAUGAGUGUCCUGAAGUCAUACCUAGUAGAGACUGGCGUGUUGCAACAGCAACAAUUCCUGGCACGACUCCACAACAAACGGUUUGAAGCCACGUCGCAGGCAUACCCACUUGGUGGGCGGAGAGCAGGUGCUGCACAGGCCUUGCAGACACCCGAGCUUGCAACGGCCAUCAUCCAUGCUGCAGGUCCUCUGGCUGGACAGCAGCUUAUUGCUACCUCCCGUGCGAACUGCAAGUGUGGGGACCCCGUGCUCAAGCACGUCGAGCGGAUCUCUCCCCUGCGUAUCUACGUCUGCGGAGGGUUCGAUGGGAGCCAGAGCAUAAAGCAUGCCGAGUACAUGGAUGUGCAGGCCCAUCUUUGGCGAACGCUGCCACCUCUUGCAGUGGCCCGCAGCAGGGCAGCUGCCGCAGUUGUGCUUGGCAGUUUGUACAUAGUUGGUGGCCAAGAUGGCACAAAUUUCUUUCCGCAUGUUGAACGCCUGGAUGUCAGGUCAAAUGCAUGGGAGCUCCUGCCAAAGAUGCAGGCCGCGCGGGCCAGUGCCACUGCAGCGGCAGUCCAUGGCCAGCUUCUCGUCUGUGCCGGUUUCGACGACAUACACUUCAUGAGGUCGGCAGAGCGCUUCGAUCCCACCGAAAACCGGUGGCAUCCGCUUCCUGCGAUGAUGUGCAGGCGCGAAGGUGCUGCUGCCGUCCAGCUUCGUGGUCGCCUUUUCCUGUGUGGAGGCUUCUGCGGGCAGAAUUACCUUAACAAGGUAGAAUUCUUUGACUCAACGCGCAUGCAGUGGCGGCAUGCGCCGCCGCUCCAUGAGGGCAGGCGUAGUGCUGCCGCUACCAGUGUAAACGGCAAGGUGAUUAUCUGUGGUGGCCACCAAGGAGCGCGCGUGCUCAGAUCUGUGGAAUGCUUGGACUGGAAUGAAGGCUCAUGGCGAAGGCUUGCGCCGAUGGCGAUCAAGAGACGCAACGCUGCGAUCGCUGCUGUGAGUGGUAUGGUAUAUGUCUUUGGGGGAUCCGACAAGGCUCAGUGUCUGAAGCAAGCUGAAGUCUUGGACCCAGGAAGUGGCCAGUGGCAGCCACUGCCGGAUAUGUCUUGCGGUCGGGAAGGGGCCGCUUUGGCAGUGGCUGCCGGCCGAAUGUAUGUUCUAGGCGGACAAGGGGACCAGGCUUCUCACCAGUCGGUGGAAUGUUGGGACCCAGGUCGAGAUGCAUGGGUAGUCCUGGAAGAGGGCGGUAUUUAUGCGAGUUUAUCAAUGCAUGACCAGCCGCUGCUUGGGCAGUUCCGCGGGAUGCAAGCGAGCAGGCAGUUCAACAUGAAGCAGUGGUUCCAAAGCAUGGGAGUGGAUUCAUUGGUCUGCUCUGCCAUGUUGGAGCAUUUGCUAGAGUGCCGCGCGGGUGUCAUCAAACAUGGCAAGCUUCGUGAGGACCUAGCAGAUCCGAUGCUAAGGCAUAUCCGCAGGCGCAAAGUUGACAACAUGCGAGAGCUCAAGUAUUUUCUUGCUGACAAGGGCCUCAGCAAAGAAGACAGCGAGGCCGCGCAGGAAAAUGCUCAGGGCGUGAAAUUGUUGAACAGCGGGCUCUACGACGAGGCCGUCCGGCGAUUCAAGCAAGCCUUGAUGCAUGAGCCGACUAGCGUUCAGAUCCUGAACAACAUAGGUUUGGUGUACGCCAAGUGUCAGGACUACACUGGUGCCUACGAGUGGUACGAGAAGGCUCACAGACAAGAUCCCAAAGAUGUUGAAACCUUGUUCUCCCUCGCAUGGGUGGAGAGAAAACGACAGAAGUAUCAGCAUGCAAGGGAGCUCUUCAUGCAAGUCUUGGAGCUUGAGCCAAACCACAGCAAGGCUUUGUGGCUGCUGGGUGACAUCCUGAAGACUUCAAAAGAUUAUACAGGUGCUAUCCAACAUCUUGAGACACUUGUGAGGAUUCAGCCUGGUGGCCCCGACGGGCACAUCUCUCUAGCUCAGUGCUAUGAGUCGACCAAGCAGUAUUCCAAAGCUGUGCAGAUUUACAAGAAUAUCCUCAAAUCUUUAUGCCCAGGUCGUGUUGAUGUGCACUUUGCGUUGGGCAGGGCUUAUUUUCUCAUGAAGCAGUAUCGCCAGGCCGUGAUCGAGUUUGACCGUGUGCCGGAUGGUGAUUCCAGAGCUGUCGAGGCGCGGUCUUACGGCGCCAAAGCUUGCCGAGAGCUUGAGGAUCAUGAGCGAGCCAUCAGCCUUGCGGAGUCCGCUGCGCAAUGUCAUCCGCACCCGGAAGUGAUGCAUUUUCUUGGGGAGGAGUAUGCCCGUGUUGGGGAGCCACAGAAGGCUGCUCAGUGCUUCACACGAGGGCUGGAGCUGGAGCCAAACCAUCUCCCUUCAUUGAUGGAGUUGGGGCAGCUCGCGUACCGACAAGCCAACUGGCACGAAGCAGAGCAUUUGUUCACCAGAAUUUGCGAGCUGGACAGGACAGACUUGGACGCAAUUCGGUGGCUCGCGCUCGUCAAGUACAAACUACGGAAGGAUGAAUCCUGCAGGCAGUGCUGUGAAGGAUUGCUGCGCUUUGAGCCUCUGCACAUGGAUGCCUGGUACCUGUUGGCGGAGUUGCAGCUUCAAGCGGGCGCAGCGGAUGAAAGAUGGCUUACAAGCUUGCGAUUGCCGAGCAACGUGUCAUUGGCAGACGUUUGUCAAAGCAUUGCCAGAGGUUAUUUGGUGCGAAAGCAGGUUGCAGAGGCCAAUGCUUGGCUGAAGCAGGCCCACUCAUCUCAAUGGGAUCAUGCAAGACUGCUCUCAUCACCUCUUUCUUCAGGCACAAAAACACUCGCCAGGCGACAUGGGAUUGAAAGAGGCUGCCUGAUAGCUGCAUUGUUUUAUUGCUGCUCGCCAGGCUCACUGAAAUCCUACAAGCUUACUGCACUACAGUACUUGUAUAUGAACAUAUAUGAACCCUUGAUUGAAAAACAGAUGCGGGUGGACUUAGCAGCGGAUCAUGAUGGAGGCAGAGUCUUGCCGAAUCAUCCUUCUCAGGCCCAGCAGCUUCUCGCCCAGAAAGGGGCCUCGGUGAAUCCGCAGGAGCGCGGCAAGCUUGAACUCAGAGUGGACACACACUUCACACAGGAUAGCUUGGACUCAAGAUUUCUUGUCUCUAUUCCCUGCAACAUGGCAUGCAAGCAAGGAUGUCAUGGACGUGCUGGAUCGAAAGCCGGCCGCCACGUUAUGCAUAGCUUUGAAGCAGAUGGCCCACCUUCACCCUCUGAACCAAGAUGCUAG